AAGCAAUUGUUUGAUUACCAUCCAACUCAAGGAGUUUUGAUGUGAGCCUUGUGUCGUACUGCAGCCGGUGUUGGCUGUCCGACUAUAUAGUAGACUGGCAUUAUGGAUCAUGCCAUGUGUGGUCUGCGUAAAAUACAGCCAACUCUCAUAGAAAGCUUGCACGAGAUUGGAGUCAGGAGAUCUAUUGAGGCCCCAGGCCUGGGUAUCUGGAUAUUCGGUUCAUCAUCAAACAUAAUUACCGGUCACCAACAUCAAUUUACCCGUCGUAGCGGCGUCAGAUGGUCUGCUCCAAUGUCAGCGCAACCCCGUGCCGCACCACGCGGAUGUUAGGAUGGAUGAUGCUGGUAGGGAUCAUGAUAAGGAAUUUGGACAACGGGACGGGUGAUGGAAGGUGAGGGACAAGGGCAAAGCCGGGAAGAUUUGGGUUUGGACAGAUUGAGGGCCAUCGAGUUAGGGUCCCAUCUAUUCGUACUAACCAAGCAAUUGCUGGUGACUGACUUCUCGCUUCUGGGGUUUGCUUCGUAUUCAUUUGACUGUGCGUGAUUGAUUCCCCUCGUUUACUUCUCCCUUGACUGAACAGAAAUUUCUCCUCUUCACCCUCUCUCUUUUUGAACAUUGUAGAUUCUGGUUUGCUGCAUCAACGACUAACCGCAGCCGACGUGAGAUUCGGUCUUUUUCCUUUUUAAUCUUUCGGGUUGUGUGGCGUCUGGGGAACAUUUGAACACCCAAGCUGAAAAGAAAGCGAGAGCGGAGACGACACGCGACGACAAAGCGAGCUACUCGAUCCAAGAGAGAAUAAAUGCGAAACACAACGACCGAACGGAGAAUCAGCGACGAAUGAGACCGAUAUUUACAACAAGCAACAUCGAGCAUUAGUUCUCAAACUCUGGGGCAUUGGAUCCUAAACAAUUGGGUAAUUUCGAUAUUUGACCGAAGUGUUUUCUUCUGAACGGACGAAAAAAAAUCACACCAAGACACUUUGGAAUUGAGUUCUUUGGAUCUUUAGCGGCGGAUCGCUUGAUACCUGUCUACGGAGUACUUUCAACGGUAAUCCGGCAGUCACUCCUGCAAUCAAUCAAUCAUCAACUGGGCUCGCUCUCUACGAGUACGGACUACGGAGGAGGAUUUUAAUUCAACCUUAAGCUUGCGCGUAUUUUCCUCGUGGCAUUGGGUCCUCAACUUCCGGCCGCUCCGCACCGAUCCUCGUUAGCUCCAGCAACGUAUCUCGAAACGAAGGUCUUCCGAGUCCCCCGUCCUCGUCACCAUUCGUCACUGCUGCCACACCACUGGCCGGCCUAUCCUUGAGUUGGGAAUAAUAAUUCUAUUGUGAGGGACAAAAGAGAAACAGUAAGUUGAUUUUUUGUUAUUGUUGUGAAAUGCUUGGCCUGAAGCCUUCUGCGUUACUGCCCUGGUUCUCCAAUUGAGUUUCAUGGAGCAGGUGGACAGUCUCUGCUUCAUCAUGACUUCAAAGCCUUCUUCCAUCCAUCCCUUCAUAACACACCCCUCUUUCUAGCUGUCUCUGCCUAUUCCCCAACCUGUUUGCCAUUGGCAUUUUUUUUUCUGGGCACAGCAGAAUCAAAUACGGGGGUUUGCAUUUUUUGGGGCGGCAUUCCGUUUCUCAGAACCAUAUCCUCGCAUUGCAUUGCAUUGCAUCUCAUCACACACGCACAUGUCUGCCAUGUAAUUUGAGCCUCCCAACCACUGGCAGCUCAUGAUAUCGUUCUCUUCUUCAAACUACCUACAGUCGGACUGAGCCACUCCCGCAUAUCGUACAUGCCGCCGCCUCCGGCCGGGGUCCCCCUUGUCUUAUUUUCCUUGUAUCUAAGCCUCUCUUUCACAUACCUGCUUGCUACAUACGCACUUGUUGCUUUGCUUUUUGCUUGCUGUUUCGCUGGCCCCUUGCAAAGCUCGGCCCCCUUGGUUCUUGACUUGGCCUAUCUUUGCUGGUCUGUUGUCCACUCGCAUCUUGUCUUUCUCCCACACGCCUCCUCUCACUUUCCUCUUGUUAAAAUUGUCUAGCCUCUCCAGAACAUCUUGAACACCCCGGUCCCCAGAGAGAUUACAGUGGUUGUCUCUGCCAAGUACACUUCAGGUAGGCACUGCACUACUUGAGUUUUCUCUCUCGGCGGCGCCUUACCCCCCCUGCCACCUCAAUUCAAAUCGAGGCCCAAUCAUUCACGGGCCAUAUCAUCAUUUACAGGCGAAACACACAACACACCAAAGACCAAGCGACCCUCUCUUCCAUCAACCCGAAGCUGAUUAAUUAAGUUAAGGCAACGCAGCACAGUACAGCACCGGCCUACAGUGGUAAGCCUAGUCGAUCGCAAAAAGGGACAAUCGGGGGCCCGCCGUACUCGUACCGAUAAAUCCUCCUAGAGCCAAGUCCGCGCAGCUUCUUCCGCGCCCGCUGUGAGAUUUCUAAGCUUGAACAAGGGCCCAAUUCUUGUUGCAGCUUCUCAGCUCAGCCCACUCUCGCUCCUGCAGUCCGUCCGAUUACAAUCCCCAGACAAUCUCCCACACCCCGUUUGGUGCACCGUCCACGGAGGCCAUCUCAGCUCUCGUCCCACUCAUCACACUCACUACUGGCCGCUUGUAGAUUUCUUGCUGCUUCAUUGCCUAUCGAAAGUUGACGCACGAGACGCCGCUGUACAUCCCCCCUGGUACGCCAUCCUGCCGCCUACGCCACGAUUUAGGCCCUGUCGCUCGUUGAUUCUACCGCUGGCUGUCACUAUCACUGCCGUCUUCUCGCCCACCGACGCCUCGCUGGCCUCGUUCCCAUUCGAUAGCUUCCUUCUCCCGAGCCGCUACAUGCACAAUUGAGCUGCGCUAUCGCCUUUGAUCCUCGUCGCCCGCAUCGCUACUCACAAUAAACGGCAAUCAUCAUCAGUUUGAGCUUAUCCUUGCUUAGACAGGUACUUCCAUCAGUCCCGAUCUUGUUGUGUUGUGGUACCCAAUAUACGCCCCAAGACUACGGGUCCGUCGUUAGAAACCGCUCCGCUACACCCUCAGACUGGACCAGGCCACUAUUCCACAUUAGGACCCGCCAGACAUUAUGGCGCCUGUAUCGCCCCGGCUCAAGAUUCUAUCAGGUUUGUCGUCUCUUCUCUUACAAUUCUCCCUUCAUACCUAGGUUUAGUUCACGCAGAAACCAGAGGUGGACGGUCGCGUCAUUUCAGAUCAACUGAUCCCUCCCAAUCCUUCAUCAGUUGACACAAUCUCUCUAAAUCUUUUCUGUCUCUUGUCUACCUUUCACUCGUUUGUCUUGAAAUCCUCACGUCAACCGUCAGGACGGUUGCUCGUGCAGCGUCCCACUCUCGUCGCUCAUCAUGGCCAACAGCGAGCUAAUGUCAGUUUGUUCAGUGGGAGGCAAUCCCGUCUCGGCGUUCCUAUCAUGGAGGCUCCAGGCCACCAACGCGUGUGAUGUGACGCUCGUUUGGAAGUCUGGUUACGAGCAUGUGGCACAAUACGGUAUCUCGUUCAAAUCCCCGAUAUUUGGCAACGAGAGAUUCAAGCCUCGACAUGUUGUUCGAAACCCUGAGGAUGCCGCGAGCGCUCGAGAAGGCCCCUUCGAUUAUGUCGUACUCUGCGUCAAGGCGUUACCCGAUGUCUACGAUCUCGCCUCAGUCAUUGACUCGGUCGUGACCCCCCAGCAUACAUGCAUCAUCGUCAACACAACACAUACUCUCGGAGUCGAAGCUGCUUUGGAGGAGCGAUUUCCUACCAAUGUGGUCCUAUCACUUGUUUCAGGUGCUGAGCUCACGCAACUCGGUCAGAGUGAAUUUGAACAUAAGGGCCCAGCAGAUAUCUGGAUUGGUCCUGCUAACAACCCGAACAAUAUCCCACAAACCAUCCAGGAGGACAUGGCACAGGCCUUAGCCAUGACACUUAGUUCUGGUCAAGUGGAAUGCAAAGUUUCGCCAAAUAUCCGCCAGCAGCAAUACGAGAGAGUAAUAGGUCCUAUUGCGUUCCAUCCGAUUAGCGUUAUCUUCGAAACUCCCAACCAUGCCUCGCUUUUGGAAAAGGUUGGCGUUAGGGACAUGGUAUCGGAGGUCAUUGACGAGUUGCUUCGUCUAGCUGAUGCUAAUGGAUGCAAAUUUGAUCCCGAUUUCAAGCAGAAGACGAUCGAUGAGAUGUCCAAAGCUUCCGGGGAGAGCAUAAUGUGGCAGGAUUACGUUGCUCGAAGGCCUAUGGAGGUUGAGACGUACCUAGGAUCGCCCGUCAAACUGGCUAGAGACUCGAAUAUUUCCCUUCCUCGUAUCGAGACACUUUACUCGAUUCUUCAUAACCUUAAUCUGGUCAACCGCAGCCGACCCAAACCUGGCGAUCCGAACGCGAAUAUCAUACCACCCGCCUCCCCCUCCGCGGCACCUGUGCCUCGAAUGCCUUCGCAAAACAGCCAUCGACCCAUGAUGAACGGUAUGCCCAACGGAAAUGGUAUGCCCCCUCGCCAGCCCAGACCUCGGAACUCUUCCAACUUCAGCCAAGGCGGUAUGCGCCGUGGACCACCCCCGAUGAACGGUGGACCACCCAAUGGUUAUGUUCGACCUCCUCCGAUGAAUGGUCCUGGAUCUCGUCAACCUUCAAGGAGAGGCUCAUUAGAGGAGACUAACCUGGAGGAAUUCUCUCAUCUCGUUCUUUAUGACGAUAUUCCUGAAGGUUCCGAGCCAUCCGUCAGUGGUGACCCAGCAGACAUUAAUCUCAGAGAACGAGAGUUGGCUUUGCGGCAGCGUGAAAUGGCAAUUCGCGAGCAAGAAAUCCGAAUGCGCCGUGGACCGCCUCCUGGCCCUCCCGGAGGCCCUGGACCUCGUCGUGGCCCUCAUCCUAUGCGCAACAGCAAGCAGGUGUUUGACGAAGACGAUGAUGAUGACGACGAUUACUUUGACCCUACUGCCAACCCUGGUCCUCCGCUGAUCGAUCCAGACAACUUCGAUAUGAUGAGCGUUACAUCGAGAAAAAACCGAAAAGCUCCAGGACCAAGCCCUGGCCAGUUUCGCCGUAAUCCCGAUGAUAUGCCGCCUCCUACACGAGGCGGCCGAUUCAGGCCCAACUUCGGCCGCAAUCGAUCUUCCCAAGUUGGUCACAGCUCCAUGACAUCUGAAAACAUCCUCGAAGACCCCCUCAUGAGCUGCUCCUCGGAUCGUUAUGGAUCCGUUGACCGUGGAGCGAUGAACGCAGGCUCUCGAGCAAACUCACUAACAGCGUCAAGGCUUGACGAGAUGCAGUACGGCCCAGGUCCCGGUGGACCUCCCGGGAUGAAUGGUGCCUAUCCCCGGCGUGCCAGUCAGUCUCCCGGGAACCCUUAUACUCCAUCCAUGCGAGGCGGUAGCCGACGGGGAUCGCCUCCGGGUGGUUACGGUCCAGGCCCGGGCAUGAAUGGCCGACCAUCACCCCCGGAUGGUGUUCGCCAACCUGUCCCUCGUCACCCACCUGGUCACGGUAACUCAGUAGCACCACAGCAAGUUGAACAACAUAUUGGGGUGAGCGCCCUCCACCAAACUAAGCCUAGGAAUGUUCGCAGUCUGACGGGUAGUGCGAGCGCCAGCGCGGGCAGUGGUGAAUUUGAUUCCGAACAAUCUGCAAACAGCAGUCAAGGCAGCUUGCCUCCACGACCGCCAAUCGGUGUGCGUUAGGACGCUCUCCACAGCGAUAAUAUUCAACGGAGUACCUAGGACGUCAGGUUCCAACACACGGUCCCAUAUAUGAUGUCUGUCCAACAAGGCUUUGAUAUUCUUGUUUUCGCAGUUACGGAGUUCCGGACAUGCUUUCUUCAUCGCUUAAACGGGACCAUUUAUUUAUCCCGUCGCGAAGCCUGGUUGAGGCCAUGUGUACUACAUCUAUGCAUCUGGCUUGAACAACUAUACGACACACCUCGACGAGGACGGCCCUAUUUCAUUUUGUUUUUAUUAUACGCCCGAGUUCCAUCGAAAACACGAAACGACACGACAAAAGUCAGAGUCACUUUGGACUAUUCUCAGACACGACGUCUUUUUAAUUAUUCCUAUCGACACAAUCCGUACAUACAUUGAACAACCAAACAGAAGUAGUCUAUCCUUGGUAAUAAUGCAUUGGAAUCGGGGAUGAUAUACUGGUGCCUUUCAGCAUAUAAUCGGCUCUCAGUUAUUCAAGACUCUGUUCAUGAGACGCCCGAGUCUUGGUUCUGCUUUGACAUAUUGGGACAGCCUCGCGCAAGGAAGAAACUUUCGGAGAACGCUAAGCCCGCCUCACAGAAGACAGGUUGGGACUGAAUAAUGAAUGUGCCGGUGGAAAAACGAGGAAGUGGGUGGGUUAAGAUCAAAGGCAUUGCACCAGCUAAGCAAGUCUUUGUUUUUGAUUGUUGAAGCGCCGUACAGAAGUUUGCGUGGACAUGUCAUGAAAGGUCAAAUGGACUUUGCAAAUGAGGAGAGAUCAUGAUAGGCAUUGUUUUUCUUGGCGGGGUUACACAAUCAAAUUAGACUACGGAUGGUUUCUUUUUCUGGUUAAAUCUGUUCAUCGCGAGACGUUGUGGAAUGUGAAUAGGAAAGCCAUCCACGGCAUUGGGAGAAUUCCUAUUGGAAAUAUACAUAGAUACGGAAUAGUAGUAUGGAAGAGAAAAGUGAUGAAAUUAUGGCCAAGGAUUUCUGCAUCACCUUUGAGAAACCAUUGAUAACAUAGACCGAACUAUCCAUCUACCUGAAGGACAAGCAAGAUGCAGCCUGAUAGUCAACAAUAUCCAUUGCCCAAUUCUCUUAUCAUCCGGCAGAGAGCCACUUUACCACUGUAUACCUCAACUCAAUAGGCCAACAACAGCGUGGCCAUCAAAGCUGAGAAAACAGCCAUAGGUACAUAGCUAGUUGUUCUUGUGCCAGCGUUAGGAUCCUCACUACCUCCAGUGAUAUUCCUGGUGCGCAAGCACAACAGCGAAGGCUGUAAAACAUCGUCCAGGCUAUAUGUGUCGGGGUCACGACGACCCCAGUUGAUCAUUACAGUCCAAACACCACGCACAGCAUAGUCAUAUGCCUCCUCCUGGGUCAUUGCAUUGUAUUUUCCAGCCGUUUGUGGGCGUUGGCUGA